CUUUGAGUAGUUAAAUGUAUCGGAUGUAACUUAUUUGCAAUCAUUUAAACAGGAUGAAGAGCGAUUGGCCUGGGUUGCUACGGUUUGUUUUAGUUCUUUUAAGCUCGCAUCACGUGUUUGGAAAGAAAGAAAGGAAGAAAUCAAACUGGGUAGCGCCCAGACCCCACAUCAUCAUGAUUGUCGCUGAUGACCUGGGCUGGGAUGACGUCAGUUUUCACGGAUCACCCCAGAUUCCUACUCCGCACAUCGACAAACUGGCCAAUGAUGGAGUUAUUCUUAACAGUUACUACGUAUCGCCGAUUUGUACUCCUACCCGGGCCUCUCUCAUGACUGGAAAACACCCGGUCAACUUAGGCAUUCAGCAUGCUACCAUAUUUGGUACGCAACCGUACGGUCUUCCAUUGGGUGUGGCUACCACCCCUCAGUACCUUAAAGCUCUAGGGUACAGGACACAUGGCGUGGGCAAGUGGCAUUUGGGAUUCUUCGAAAAGGAAUACACUCCGCCUUACCGUGGAUUUGAGACUUACUAUGGAUUUUGGAAUGGAAAAGAGGACUACUGGGACCAUAGUUCACAGGAAGAUGUAUGGGGUACAGAUCUCAGAGAUAACAUGAAGCCUGUGAAGAACGAAACUGGCCAUUAUGGAACAGAACUGUUCUCAGAAGUGGCUGAGCGAAUCAUUGAUACUCACAACAAGUCUGAACCACUAUAUCUGUAUCUUGCUCAACAAGGGGUGCACUCAGCCAAUGGUAACGAGCCCUUACAAGCACCAGAAAGACUUGUUAAUAAAUUCCAGGAUAUUGUUUAUGACGACAGAAGGACAUAUGCUGGUAUGGUAGCCUCUUUGGACGAGUCCGUUGGAAAUAUAACCGAAGCCCUAAAAAGAAAUGGAAUGUUUGACAACUCUGUAAUCGUUUUUACGACCGACAAUGGAGGUGCUCCAAGAGGAUUCAACUGGAAUCAAGGCUGUAACUACCCACUCAAAGGAGGUAAAGACACAUUCUGGGAGGGAGGGGUCCGUGGAGUGGGAUUUGUCCAUAGCAACCUGAUCAAAAACAAAGGUCGUGUCAGUUAUGACUUGAUUGACGUCACAGACUGGUUACCAACCUUCUAUCAUCUGGCUGGAGGUGACAUCACCAAGAUCAAUGAUAAGAUCGAUGGUAUGAAUGUGUGGGAUACCAUAGCGCAUGGAAAGAAAUCUCCGAGAACGGAGGUCCUUCACAACAUUGAUCCAAUCCGUAAAUUUGCAGCCAUUCGCGUAGGUGACUACAAAUUGAUUAUCAAUCAGGACGCUGUAUUCAACACAACGUGGCAUCCGCGUUAUGAAGUCAAGGGAGGACUGGACUCUCUUCCCCAGCCCUCUACGUUACCUGGUGCUGUUAUCAAGUGUGGCAAGCGGCCCAAGAGCAAAAAGGCUGCUUGUGACACGAAUGAAUUUCCCUGUUUGUUCAAUGUUAGAAAAGAUCCCUGCGAAUAUAGGAAUCUUGCGCACAUUCAUCUGCCCAAAGUAAGGAAGCUUCUUCGCAGACUCAUUCACUACCAGAAAAAUGCCCUUCCUGUGUGGUUCCCUGAGAGAGACCGUACCGCUAGUCCAGCAGAUCACGAUGGUUACUGGGGUCCGUGGAAAUCCUCAAAAAGUAAUAAGGCUAUUUUACAAAAGGUUCUCGACUCCAUUCCGUCUGCUGAGAAUGCGAAGAAGCACUCACGUCAUACAAAUAGCACUGUCACUACCACGAGGAUUGGGAAGGCGUUCAGCACACACGAAGAGCACAACAAAGGAGUUUAUCAGAUGUUGAAGUCAAUUUUGAAUAUUACAAAUACAGGCAAGAAGGUUCAGAUUCCUCGUAACCGUCAUUUGAUGAAGGAGUCGUUAGCUUUGUUGUAUGCCAAAAUGAUACAGAAGACAAAAGAGGAUGACCUGAUGCACAAAUUGCAAAUGAUAAAGAAAGAAAUAAUAGCCAAGAUUGGUGGUGUUAGGUCAAAGAAAGGAGAGAAAGAGACUUUAGCAGCUAAAGUAAGUCCCAUUGACAAGUCCUCAGUUAUAAGGAAAUUAGAAAUAACCGCAAAUAAACCUGGCAAUGUGGAAAAACAAGGAAAACGAAGAACAGAACUGGGGAACAUCGCGACUAGAGAUGAUGAAAUUGUUAAAAGUGAAUUUGACAUUUCCACAACGGAAGAUAGAGAUUUGAGAGACAACGACCAAAAUUUAGAAGGGAUGUCUUCUUUGAAGGCAACCUCGAACACUAAACAAAAUAAUGUCGAGGAAGAUGAUUUAAUGGACAAUGCUGACAUUGACACUAAUGACCCAGCGGAUGGUGGUAGUGAUUUAGAAGAGGAUUCCUCACAUGAACACCCUACCAUUGAAAGUCAAACAUCUGCAAAGGAAUCCGAAAUGGAUUUUCAGGAGAGCCAUCGCAUCGUUGAUGAAUACUGAAUAACAAACCAUCCUCUCAGCGUUGGGGGAGGAGGGACCCUGGCAACGAGUUUUUGAAGUAAUCGUAAUGCGUCGGACAGGGCGUCGGACAAUUCGAAGCCGUCCCUCUCCAGGUAACCCCUGGGCAUUUGAACCUUUGAGAUGGUUUGUUCAAAUUCCCGCUCCACGAGGCAAAAACUGAGUUUAACUGCCCUACUCAAGUGUUGGAUUUGAUGGUCAAUUUUUUUGUAAAUGGAAAAAUCACGGCCAGUGACUUCCUACUCAUUGGCCUUCAAGAAUUUAAAUCGUAGAGCCAAGCAAGGCUCAGAUUUCCCACCCCUGGGCACAAACGACAGUCAAAUGCUUGCGGGUUACCCGUGACACGGGUGGUAAAACUUCGAAUUGAUCGGCACAUAACGGCCAUUCUAAGAGUUGUCAUCAUAUGGCUGGCUCCAUAUGGGCGUUAACCUGUAGAGCAGGUUUAAAUCUUUGUUGCGUCUCUCAGGCGCAAGCGAGAAGCGAAAGCGAAGAGCGCGUCACGCAAGGCCAUUCGCGCGUGGCUUUCCCUUCACGCUAGCCUCGCCCUUCCCUCCUCAGUCCCGCUCGGCUGUAAGACAAAAACAUGACACCUUUCCGCAGGCUACAGAGGUGACCUCAUUUUCGUCUUUAUAAAUGUGUCAUGCAUUUCUAUGAGUAAGUAUUUAAGACUUCACCAGCUAGCUCUUUUGUUUUCGACAUUGAAAUUAAUUAAUGAAGAACUCUAUAUAUGAUGCAUUUCCCUAGAGAGGAGAGGAAAUUUUAUCUGCGGGAAAUUCCUGCAAUGUAUCCAUAGUAACAGUGGGCUGUAAAUUGAAAGACCCAUGUUCUUCUAAGCGGCAGAUAAUUAAAGCAUCUUCUUUCGUUUUCUUCGAAAUUGUUUUAUUACCUGUAAUAAUCAGGAGAGCAGUUGAAGCAUUUGCAAUUUAGAGAAAGACCGCUAGCUGUCAUCAUAUUUGUCAUGGUUUUUAUCAUCAUAUUUAACACCACUUGGAAAUGUUAUUCUAACAUGUAUUCAAAAGUUUUAAUCAAAAUGAGAAAAAAAAAACAUCAAAGAUAGCAAGCCCCAUUUCCUCGAAUAAGCAUCUGGAUGCUUAUUUCAAAUUCCGGCUAAAAGGCAUGGGCGCUUUUUGGAAGAAGGGCGCUUAAUUAUGGGGGGUACUUACAAAUAAAUUAUUGACUGAGGGGGUGGGUGUUUAUUCGAAGGAGGGUACUUAUUAGGGCGUGGGCGCUUACUCGCGGAAUUACGGUACUCUCUUGGUGUCAUGCCAUGCCAUUUUUUCAUUUUGAAAUAGAUAGAGGCCUUAGCUUUGAGCCCAAAUAA